AUCCCAUAAUGCAACAAACAUUUAUAUCUAUUUUACAUUGGGUUUGUACAUCUCCGUGCAGUUGUUCAUUCGUUGUCGAUACAUUCCAAAGACCGGGUCCAUAUUUCUUGACACUGUUCUUUGGUAAGCCAACAUCUAGAUCGUUUAUCGAAGUUUCAUCGAUUAAAACCACUGCAUCCAAAUCAAAAUGUUCGCCGCCGCUAGAUUGAUUGCUCCAGCUGCCAGAUCCGCUUUGGUAUCUAACUCAAAAUUAUACUUGAGACCAUUAAGUAGUGCAGUGGUAUCAAGUAGUUCAUUGAACAAACAGACAACAGUAGCUGGAGCUCAACCAAUCAGUUUACUUCCCGCAGUUAGGUCUUUCCAAACAACUGCAGUGACUAGAGAUAUCGAUUCUGCAGCCAAAUUCAUUGGUGCUGGCGCUGCUACCGUAGGAGUAGCUGGAUCUGGUGCUGGUAUUGGAACAGUGUUCGGAUCCUUAAUUAUUGGUUAUGCCCGAAACCCAUCAUUAAAACAACAACUUUUCUCAUAUGCAAUUUUAGGAUUCGCCUUGUCUGAGGCUAUGGGUUUGUUCUGUCUUAUGAUGGCCUUCUUAUUGCUCUUCGCUUUCUAAAUAAAUUCACCACGUGUUACUGCCAGAAAUAAACAUCUCCAUGGACAUUUUUUUAAAAAUUCAUCCAAAUUUUCAUGGUUAAUAAAUUUGCAUUUCCUCUCAUAUGUUUCAUGAAUUUAUUUGAUCUCACACACAACUCACACAAUGCUGAGAUCAAAUGAAUAUUUUCAAUGAAAAUCUCGUACUAAAUUUUGAAACGUGUGUUGGUGAUGCAUGUAGUGAAAAUCAAUUAAAAAAAUUUUACUUUAAUUCUGGUGAAUAUUAUUUUACCAAUUCUGUAGUUCCAUAUUAUUAAAUUUAAAAAAAAAAUUAUUUAAGAACUUCACAUUUGAAAACUAAAAUAUCGUCAAGUGAAUCUAGUGAUUUCGGAUGCGAAUUAUUAAAUAACUACAUUACAACUUUUGUUUGUAAUUUGUUAUUUAUUUUAAAGUUAUAAUUUUAUUCAUUUUGUCCACAAAAAUAACACAUGUACUUUUUAUUUGAAAUGUUGGGGCAUAUUACAUUUGUACAGCGUUAUAGAAUGAAAUAAAAAAAAUAAUUAAGCCGA